AAGGCUACUCAUUUAGGCCAAGGGCGAAGAUUGGACGUUUCCAGCCAACCCCUGCAGCAUUCCGCAAGUAACCGCGAAACGACCACAGCGCUCUCGUGGCGGACAGCGAAGUCUUUAUUUGACGAGCAACGGAGCUGUAAAGAUUCCAUCGCCAUCCUCUGCGGUCUCAUGGUGUUCUUGGCUCGUAAAGUGGAGAUUGUUAAUAAGUGUCGCGUCCCGGAAGUGGUAAUGACUUUGUGUUCGGUUAUUCUUAGUCAUUGUAGGUCUGUGGUGCAGACCGAGAAUAGCUUCGAUGAGCAUGAACUAUUGUAAAAGUAGCAAACUGUAGAUGUGUUAGUGCUACUACAGAUUGAACUGACAACACAGUGAAAACCGGUUGAGUGGGGCCUGCAAAGUUCUGCAGGAAGGACGAAGGAAGAUAAGGGCGUAACUUUUAUGCUUUCUGCUCAGUAUGCAUCCUUCAAACCAGGGAAGAAUGAGAAGAAAGUGGACCUCAUCAAUGAAGGGGAAGAGGAACAGAUGGAGGUGUACGGGUACCGGCUGAGCGCGGGCCGCCAGUGCCUGGCUUGGCUGGGCUUCCUGGCGACGGCGGGCCUGCUGCGGCUCGUGUGCCACUGGUUCCCGCGGAUGCUGCUCUACCUCACCCACUGCCCCUGCAGCCUCCGCGACGCGCAGAAACUGCUCUGCGUGGAAAAUUACCAAGGAAAGUACAAAAUGUAUCAUAUAAGGACCUUCAAAACUAUUUCUGCUGAGGCUGUGAGCUCGCAAUGCGCCGAAGAAAUGUCUCCGGAGUCCAAGACGCUGCGAGCGUACUUAAGCAACGGUAAAGUAAAAGACAUGGAGGAGCUGCGCAUGGUGUCGGUGAAGAAGCUGCGAUACGUGUGGGACGACGCGGAACAGCGGCUGGUGCGUCUCAGCGGUCUGGAAGCUGCCGCCGGCUACGCGGACAUGCACGCCCACUCCGGCAUAUCGGACUCCCUGCGCUGCUCCAGACAAGCUGUUUACGGACUGAACGACAUAGAUGUGCCGAUGCAGAGCAUCCUCACCCUGUUCCUGCUGGAGGUGGUCAACCCGCUCUACAUCUUCCAAGUCUUCAGCUUGAUCGUGUGGUUCCUCGAGGGCUACUACUACUACACCAUGGUCAUCGUUCUCAUGUCCGCCUUCGGUGUCACGUCCAGCAUCACGCAGACACGGAAAAACCAGCGCAGCCUGCACGACACGGUGCACAAGACUGACGUGGUGACGGUGGACCGCGGCGCCUCCGGAGAAGGCACCCUCGAGGUGGAGACGACGCAGCUGGUGCCCGGUGACGUCAUAGUCAUCCCACCCAACGGCUGCGACAUGUACUGCGACGCCGUCCUCCUCUCUGGCUCCUGCAUCGUCAACGAGAGCAUGCUCACAGGGGAGAGUGUUCCCGUGACGAAGACGCCGCUGCCCAAGACCGCCGGUGGCUACUACAACGCCCGAGAGGACAGCAACCACACACUCUUCUGCGGCACAGAGGUGAUGCAGUCGCGAGGGCAGAAGGGCGGCUCUGCCAGGGCGCUGGUCCUGAGGACGGGCUACCUGACGGCCAAGGGCGAGCUGGUGCGGUCCAUCCUGUACCCGCCGCCAGCCGACUUCCGCUUCGACCGAGACGUCGGCCGCUUCAUCAUCGUACUGGGCAUAAUCUCCACCUGCGGCCUCAUCUACACCAUCGUCUCAAAGUCGAUGCGGUUCAUUCGGGCUUCGGACAUCGCCAUCAAGGCGCUGGAUCUCUUCACGAUCGUGAUCCCGCCGGCGCUGCCCGCCACCAUGACCGUGGGCAAGUUGUACGGCCAGAAGCGACUCGAGAAGGCGCGGAUCUUCUGUAUCAACUCCAGAGUCAUCAACGUCUCCGGCUCGAUCGACUGCAUCUGUUUCGACAAGACGGGCACGCUGACGGAGGACGGCCUGGACAUGUGGGGCGUGGUGGAGGUGGAGCCCGAGGGGCGGUCUCUGCAGCCCCCAGCCAGGGACCCACAGGAACUGCACGACGGACCCCUGAGGAGGGGCAUGGCCUGCUGCCACUCGCUCAGCCUCAUCGACGGCGAGUACGCCGGGGACCCGCUCGACGUCCGGAUGUUCGAGUUCACGAAGUGGGAGCUAGUGGAAGAAGAAGAGGACGUGGCGGACGGGGAACCUGAAGAGGACGCAGAGGACGAAGAGAACCUGCCGACGGUCGUGAGACCGCCUCCAGGAGAGAGCCAGGCCCCCAAGGAGAUCUCUAUCGUGCACCAGUUCCAGUUUUCCUCCAGACUGCAGCGCAUGAGCGUCGUCACUGUGACUGCUGGAGUCCAGGACUACGACAUGUACUGCAAGGGAUCCCCAGAGAUGAUCACCUCACUGUCCGACCCCAGCACAGUGCCGACCGGCCUGAACGAGACGCUCCACGAGUACACCAGCAAGGGCUACCGCGUGAUCGCCAUGGGCCACCGGCGACUGGAACGCGCCACCAACCUGCAGAAGCUGGCGCGAGAGGACGCAGAGCGUGAACUGCGAUUCCUGGGCAUCAUUAUCCUGGAGAACCGCCUCAAGCCCCAGACCACACCCGUCAUCGCCGAGCUGACCGCGGCGCGCUUCAAGAUCGUCAUGAUCACAGGAGACAACAUCCAGACGGCAUCGAGCGUGGCCCGUGAGAGCGGCAUCGUGCUGCCGCACGAGACCAUCGUGGAGGUGACUGCCCGGGAGCUGCCCACGUCAGCGCCCCAGGUCUACUUCACCAGGUCCACCAUCGCGCCGCCGAGCAUGCCGUGCGACGGCGGGCUGAGCAACGCAGCUUUCGAGGUGUCGCCCGGGGACGAGGAGACGUGCGUCGGCGGCGGGGGCGGCGCGUCGCCCUACCGGCUGGCCGUCACAGGCCCCACGUGGGCGGCGCUGCGCAGCGCUCGGCAGGACCUGCUGCCGCGUGUCGUGGCCGCCGGCGCCAUCUUCGCGCGCAUGUCCUCCGACCAGAAGCAGCAGCUGGUGCAGGAGCUCAAGGAGAUGGGCUACUACGUGGCCAUGUGCGGGGACGGCGCCAACGACUGCGGCGCGCUCAAGGCGGCGCACGUGGGCAUCUCGCUGUCCGAGGCGGAGGCGUCGGUGGCGUCGCCGUUCACGUCGCGCGAGCCCGACAUCUCGUGCGUGCCUCGGAUCGUGCGCGAGGGCCGCGCCGCGCUCGUCACCUCGUUCGGCAUCUUCAAGUUCAUGGUCGCGUACAGCAUCGCCGAGUUCACGUCGGUGGCGCUGCUCUACGGCAUCGACAGCAACCUCACCGACUUCGAGUUCCUCUUCAUCGACAUCUGCCUGGUGGUGCACUUCGCGCUCACGUUCGGCAACACGGAGGCGUUCUCGGGGCCGCUGGUGCCGGAGUCUCCCAUGACCGGCCUCUACACCAUCACGCCGAUGCUCUCCCUGUGGCUGCAGGUGCUCGUCAUCGUCGCCGGCCAGACCGCCGGCUUCUACGUGGUGCGCUUCUUCCCCUGGUUCGAGCCGUUCGACUUCGCCCAGGUGCAAACCUACGCGUGCUACGAGAACUACGGCGUCUUCUCGGUAUCCAUGUUCCAGUACAUCAUCGCGGCGAUCGUGUUCUCCCAGGGGAAACCCUACCGCAAGCCGGUGUACACCAACCGCUACCUGCUCGCUUCGCUACUCGUCAUGACGGGCGUCUGCACCUACAUAACCGUCUACCCGGCCCGCUGGAUCAUGAACUUCCUCCAGCUCAAGCUGCCGCCCGCCUACGACGUGCGCGUCGUCAUACUCUGCAUGGCCGUCGUCUCCUUCGUCGUCGCAAUGUUCCUCGAGAACUUCGUCGUCCAGUACCUGGUGUUCAAGAAAGCCCGCGCCAAGUUCUCCGUCUGCGGCCCGAAGGGUUCGCCGAAGGCGAAGCUGAUCGAGGAGAUGCGCGAGGACAUCAGUUGGCCUCCCAUCACCAAGGAAAUUCCGCCCAUCACUAUGAACGGGAUCGCACCGACGACGUACAAGAUCGACUACAGCUCCGGAGACACUACCGCUCAGACGAAAUUAUGAUUUUGUCGGUGGUUAGUUUUGUAUUAGACGGCUGACUUAGGCGGUUAGACAAAGCUUUAUUGUAGGUAGUGUCAACACUGCUGGAAAUAAUUCACUGAAAUAAAAUAAAAAUCUCUGAGAGUCGUCGAGAAAAUUCCGUUGCUGUACUGGUGGAGAAUGUACAAAAUUCGUAUUUAGUUAACUUCCGUCCACUAUCGUAAGGAAUGCAGAAUGGUGCCACAAAAGAUGUAGAGCUUGCACAAUUUGUACAUAUGUAUAUAUUGGUCACGGCAGUAAUUUUUCACUGUCAUGUUAAAUACAUCUUCAGAUUUGAACUUUUUUUUCCGCGUGUAAUACUCUCAAAAUACGCUGCAGUGUGUUCUAGCAUUCUGAUUAUUAUUGGGAGCAUCCAACCUAAGCGAUUGUUGCCAGAUUUUAAAGUUGAUGGUGUUAUAAUGGUGCUUCUUAGAACUGGGUGCCUACGCGGUCUUU